ACCAAAUCACUAUUUCAUAAUUCAAUGGCGAAUUCCAACUGGUCUGCUGAAAACGCCGCUAAAGCCUUCAUCAAAACCAUGAAAAUGGGAAAGGGAGUUAAAGAACCAGACGUGUCGGAGUUCGUGUCGGCUCUGGCUGCCGGAAACAACGCCAAGCUUAUGGUUGCCGCCUGCGGCGUCGAUACGACGGGAAUCUCCACCGUUUUGGCGUUACUAGCCGCUGCAAACCUAACCGACGGGAAAGUCGUUUGUAUUCUCCGGUCACCGGAGGAAAUUAACAAAUACCGGAGCAUGCUCGGCGAGAAUGUUCAAGUCGAGUUUUCUGUCGGGGAAGCAGAGUCUUUGAUGGUGAGCGAGUACAAGGAGUCGGAUUUCGUGGUUGUGGAUUGCAAUCUUUAUGAUCAUGCGAAGAUGUCGAGGUUGGUUCAGACUGGCGGCGCCGCCGCCGCCAUUGUGUUGGGAUACAACGCUUUGAGUAACAAAUCUGGGAUGUCGUGGUCGUGGGGAUCAGAUGAUUCGAAGGCGGUUCAACUUUUGCCCAUCGGAGAAGGACUUUUGUUGAGUAGGAUAACCGGAAAAGGCGAUCGCCGGAGGAGGAAGAACGGUGGUGGUAAUUGGGUGGUGAAGGUUGAUAAAUGCACCGGCGAAGAACAUGUGUUCAGAGUUAGAUCACAUGGAAGGACAAUUGCCUGUUGAAUUUUUGUUUUAAAAAAAAAAGAUUUUGUUCAUCAUUAUUGUCAUCAAGCU